UCGACUGUGACACUUCGCUCCGUCGGCGGUUGGUGAGAGCAACAGAGCCCAAAGGGGAGGAGGGCGAGGAGGAUGGGAAAAAAUCCCUGACCGUGAACUGAUGUGUUGAUAUUUCGCAGUGAAAGUGACACAAAUGGACAGCUUGUUUGAUCGCAACGUGAGAUUAUUGUGUUGAAGCGCGUCGACUAGCGAGAGCUUUGAAAGACUGGCCGUUUUCAGCUGUCCUCCUCUCGGGAAUACGCGAUGCUCAGUCAACGGUUUGACUCCUGCUCAGAAAUUUGAAGGCACAGCCUGAGAAGUCUGCUGAGGAGAAAAGGGAAUGGCCCCGGCCCUGACCAAAAUCCUGAAAAACGGCCAUGGGAUCCACCUGUCCUCGCCUUCGGCCCCUGCCAGAGUGGACUUGAACAGGACGGCCAUAUCGGCUUCGGAACUGGAUCUUCACAUGGGGUCCAUAGAUGACGGCGACCUACAGAAAAUGUGGCUCAACGUGUGCUCCUUUCCCGCCCUGGGUCCCUGCCUCUCCUCGUGCCCUCUGGAUGGAAACUCUGAGCUUUCCACGUGCUCCCAGACGUCUGCCGGUCAGUGCGAGAUGGUGCCCCUGCCCGCUCCAAGCUCCCUAGUUAACUUCCUCUCCUUCAGCAAAUGGCAGGACGACGCUCAUCAGGUGGCCGCCGUCUUUCCAGGUGUAUCUGACAUGUUUUUAGUUCCUCUCCCUGAGCACAAUAGCCAAGAGGCCUGUCUGCUGCACGGACUGUGCGCCGCUCCCGAGUGUGGAACAGAUGGCGGUGAGCUGUAUUGCCCAUCUCUUACUCUGCCAGGUGUUUGUCCCUCCUAUUCCCCCGAGGAGAUUAAAAUUCAGGAUGAACAUCCUCUGCUUGCACCCCAACCGACAAUUAUGCCUGAGGAGGUGCUUCGGAUGGCUUGUCCCCCAGCUUUCCCUCCUCAUUCAGCCACAGUGCAGCCUGGCAUUGGCAUGGUAAACUCUGACCAGCUGGCAUCGAACGCUGUGCCAGAAGAGGCUGUCAAGGAGCAGCUCUCCAGGCAGGCCAGGCUGGAAGGCCGGGCUUGGAGGCUGCAAAGGAGACUCCAAGUCCUGCUGGGAGAACAUGCCUUGCUGCACUGCAACCAGCAGCUGGAGGGGCUGAGGAAGCACGCUCAACUUGGAGAUGUGUUACCCGACAGCCUGGACUACGUCCAUUGUGGUUUAGCGCCCCCGGAGGCAUGCCCCAGCCCUCCCUUUUCUUGGCACGAGUCGGCCAGAGCCUCGCCCUUCUUUGCAGAUGUCGAAGAGUUCAGCCACUCCAGCCAGGUGGUGCUGAGAGGCUUGCAGGACGCCUUGGACUCAGAGGCCACGGGCAGCAGCUCAGAUGAAGAGGAGAUCCAUGGAAAUAGUUUGCCUGUCAGCAGCAGCAGCUGUGAGAGGCAGUGGCUGGAGGAGAGAGCGGAGCUGAGCAGCAGAUGGAGUUGGUUGCAGCUGCGCCUGGCCGAGCUGGAAUUGAGGAUGCAACAACUGGUCACUCUUCACAAGCACAUCCGCUCAACCAAGGGCGAGGUGGUGCUGGCAGACUCCCAGCCGCUCACUGACAGGCAAAUUCAGCAGAGCCUUAUGACGGAAAUGGCUGGCUUGUCCUGCACAGCCUCGGACAUUGAUGCUGAACCCUGCAGCCCCACCCGCCUUCUGCACAACAUAGAGAGACAGAGUGCCCAGCUAAGCCAGAUUGUAAACAGUCUUAUGCCUCCUCUCAGCCUUUCACCACCCUCUCAUCAACCCAGGAUGUCAAAGGGAAGAAGAACCUCCACAUGUGGUCUGAGUGGAGGUGAUGUUUCAGUGUGUGGGAGCUCCAAGAGGAAGAGGCUGUGGACCCGGAGGCUCUUCAAAGCUGACGUGUCGUGUGUGUGCGCCCGUACGCGACCACUGCUCACCUACCACAAACGCAGAUUGUUCACUUUCAGCUCCGACAGCCUCGUCAGUCCACCGAAUUCAGGAAGGAAGCCCCGGCCUGCCUUCUCGUUGUGCCACUCUUCAUCCUCCUGUUCAUGUGGCUCCCCCUGUGAUUCCGUAGCUCUCUGCUCUAACCCUGACUGCAGCUCCCUGUCGUCCAGCGCCUCCGGCUCCAGGCCGCACUCCGUCACGACUCUUUCAUCUGACUCUCACACAUGUGACGGCUUCCAGAGGGUCGUGGCCAGAGAAGAAUGGUCCCAAAGACCUUUAGUGAUCAACUCUCAACUGUGCAGUCUGGGAAACUACAAUAGAAACAGCUCCACGCCACGGCACAAAAGCCACAAAUACAAGCAACAUGCAAGACAUCAUAAAAAACGAGUUAUGGAUCUAUCACCAAUCAGGUCACCAGGCUCUGCAUGGAAUCAUCGCAACAAGAAAAAGAAGAAGGGACACGUGCACAGAAGGAUUGAACAUCAAGAGGAUGAUCUGUACCAGCUCUGUGAUCAAGAAGAAAGUUCUGAUGAUGUGUUGGAGAGGAAUUACACACAAGUCACACACAAGCAGGCCUCACAGAGCUUGAUCCGUAGACGCCAAGGAGAUAGUUUGUACAACAUCAAUGACAUAGUCAUCCCCAUGCCUCUUUCUAAAGUGGAAAAGCUGCAGUACAAAGACAUUCUUACACCCAGUUGGCGGAUGGCUGACAUCCAGCGUUUAACAGAAAGGAUGGAAGACAGAAUGUGGGAGAUUGAGGAUCUCAGCGAUGAAGUCUUCGCUCAGAGGCACCUGGUUGUGGAGCACAAGGAGAAAUUACGCUGGCAGAUUUGGGAAAAAAGAAAGUGCUGCAGACGUCCCACAAGAUCUGGCAGCAGGCUAUCAGGCAGUGGGGGAGGGAUAUGCACAUCAGGAGAGGACAGCUCUGUGGAGUGGAGUUGUGCUCAGCUGGAUUCUGACGAACAGUCGCAGUCAGAAGAGUGGCUGCCUCAGGCACCAUGGGAGCCCCGAGUGUUUCCUUUAGCCGAAGACGAGGAAAUGUCCCUGCUUUCCGAAGAUGGACAAGAAGUCCCAUCUGGAGAGGACGAGUCUAUCGCAGCCACCCACUCAAAGAAGGGCUCAAACUCCCAGCACUCUCUGGCUCAGUCCGCCUGUGCUGCACUGCCCUCUCAUGGAGACAACAGAACCUGCUCGCCCAGUGGCAGCUGAGGCAUCCCUGCCCUUUUCUUUGUUUAAUCUGGGAAGAGAGAAGUCACGUACUCCCUCUGAUUAUCGACAAGUCUAAUGUUAUUCAUAACAUUUUUCUUAUUUUACAACUGUAUUUGUUUAUACAAUAAUUCAUCCCGCAUGUAAAACAGUUGGAGUUAUACAGUCAUCUUACAGAUUUAGGUGAAAGCACUGAGAGCCAAGAUGAAGGGAAGUUUUAGGCAGUUAUUUGACGUCUCUCAUUCUUUUAUAUUUGCCAAUCAAAUGAAUAAUAACUGUAUAAUUUCUUCUUCAGAUCUCUCCACACCAGAGACCAGAUAAAAAUGUGCUCAAGGGGUCUUUAUUGGCAUAUUGAAUACAUUCCAUUAAUAUAUAUAUUUGAGGUGAUUUACUGAAUACUUUGAUGCAUAUUUUUGAUGGAUAUUUUAUAUUGUUACAUGUGUCACUGUAGUUUUAACUGACCUCUGCAGCUCCUGUUACAGUUACAGAUUUUUAAUGUGACUUAGGUACUGUCUGUUAACCUGAGCUUAUUUUACAGCAUGAAGAAUAUAUACUGUUUGUAGUUAUCACAUGCUAUUUAUUUCCACUGAUGUCUUAAAAAUGAACAUAUGAGAAGCCUAUAGUAGAAAUAUUUUUAAUGUAGCAUUUAUUGGUUUGUAAGUACUGUUGAUUUUAAAUGUGCUGUCAUUUUGGUAUGUACUUUCAU